UAGUACCGUAGCGGCAAGAAAAUAAAAACAAAACACGUCGCCAUCCGCCAUUUACGUCUGAUCAAUCGAAGGGAUGGAGGCACUAUAUAGUAUACCAUUUCAGUUUCUAGAACUGCCUAAUCUUAAACUGAAGAAACCGUCAUGGAUAAAGGCUCCUUCGGCAAUGGUUGUCUUCUCAUUAGUACUUCUAUCAUAUUUUCUGGUGACUGGGGGUAUUAUCUAUGAUGUAAUUGUGGAACCACCUAGUAUUGGCUCGACUACAGAUGAACAUGGAAACAGCAAACCAGUUGCAUUUAUGCCUUACCGUGUAAAUGGACAGUACAUCAUGGAAGGGCUUGCUGCAAGUUUUCUGUUUACUGUUGGUGGAUUGGGUUACAUCAUCAUAGACAAAGCUAACGGCCCAGGAUUACCGAAAUUAAACAGAUUCUUGUUGUUGUUCUUUGGAUUUCUCUGUGUCAUUGUGCCCUUCUUCAUGUGUAGACUGUUUAUGAGAAUGAAAUUACCGGGCUACUUAACUACCUAUUAAGGACCAGAACAAAACAACUGCUUUUUAUGAAACGCUCAAGCUUUGUAAUUUAAAUUUUUUACUAAGUAUAACAAUAUACGAA